AUGGAGCAAACCAAGGCCCUGAACGCUCUAGAGCCCUUCCUCGCCCUCUCCAAAUCAGCAACCUCUCCCCGCGCCGCCGCUGAUCUAGUAAUCCGAGCAACAUCCUCCCCCAACACAUUCAUCUUCAGCGAACUGCUCAGUACACCACAAAUCCAAUCUCUGAGCUCAUCAACCGAAUAUGUAAACCACCUCACCCUCCUCCAGAUCUUCAGCUAUGGAACCUACACAUCCUACACCUCAACCCCGGGUCUCCCCACCUUGAACGAUGCCCAACUUCUCAAGCUACGACAGCUUUCAUUCCUUACAUUGGCACGAAACUCGGCAGAUUUGAGCUACAGCAACCUUCUCACAAGCCUAGGAAUGAGCACGCCGCGAGAGUUGGAGGACUUGGUGAUUUCAGCAAUCUACGCAGGUCUAGUAUCCGCAACUCUAGAUCCAUACCACCAGAACGUGCUAGUCUCAUCUGUAUCGCCCCUUCGAGAUCUCGAGCCAAAUUCGAUUCCCAGCAUGCUCGACACCUUAUCAGAAUGGUCAUCACGUUGCACCAGCACACUUGCAGAUCUAGAGCGACAAAUUGCCGGUAUCAAAGCCGAAGCUGCGAGACGUCAUAAGGAGGAAGCCGAGUGGAGUGCUGAGGUAGAGAAGAUCACUGAUGAUAAGAUUAAGGGGGAUGCUGCGAAAGGCCCUCUGAAUAACUUCAUGAGUAGCAUUACUGGUGGUCUGGGUAUGGGCAGGAAACUUGGUGGCGGUCAAGGCAAGAGGGGUAUGGCAGAUGGGGAUGCAUGGGAAGACGAUAUGGACUUGGAUGAAGAGGAUGAUGAUAUUCCACACCGAAACACCAGAGCUGCGAAGAAGAGAGGGUUUGGUGGGUUGGGAGGCGGCAAAUAA